UUUGCCACACGUUAUACAUUAGUGGGAGUUAAGGGAGUUUAUUGUUAUUUGGACAUUAAGGUCUUUUGGGUGCUGGGCUUUGUCCCUCGGGUUUUCUCAUUGGUUGGCAUAAUCAAGGGCUUGGGUCUCGGAUAUACACUUGUUGCUCUUCUCCUGUUCCCUUUGGUUUUUGUUUUUACAUUCAAAGAUUAAUAAAAUCUUUUUCGCCUUUAAAAAAAUAAGGCGAGAGUUAGCAAGUUAGUGUACAAGGGAUUCAGAGGCUGUUCAUAGCCCUGAAACCACAAACGCCAAUGACAAGGCUCGAAUCCUGGUCUCCCACAAGGAGAGAAGCAAUAGAUGCCAACUGGGCUAGAACCCAUUGAAUUGAAAAUAUAGACUUUAGUCCACUAAUUAGUGAAAAUGCACCAAUAUAUCAUGAUUACAACAACUAAGUUCCGCUAAGGAAUUUUUGGGCUUUUUCUAGUUUUGUCUGUCUUUAAUUUUCUUUAAUUUUUUUUUUUCGCGUUUGUCAAUUUUGUGCCUCAUUUUUUUAGUUUUUCAUUUACUCAAAUAUUUUUGAAAAUAUCCUAGAUAAAUUCCAAAAAGCCAAAAAAUUCGGCCUUAUUUUGAAUAUUUUAAAAAACAUUUGGAUAAAAAUCAUAAUUGUUAUUUUAAAUUUAAAAAUUACAAAUAAAUAUUUAAUUUUAAGAACCCUUAAAGCGGAACAUACCAUAAUUCAGUAGGAGUAGAACUCCAACCUGAGCUCAUCUUCCUUUUCCAAAAUCACCGUGACGCAUUCAAUGACGCAGGGGACUCCUUCCAAUGGAAGUGUCUAGAAAUUCUAUGUAGCACCAUUGCAUAUUAGCAUUUCUGCAAACAAUAAUAGUAUCUAGAAAACUGUGGUCGCGACCUUCUGUAGCACCAUAGUCAAAGUCAACAAAAGCCUUCUUCCUCUGCAAGCCAAAAGGCUCUAUAUAAAUUACCAAUAGCAGCCACUCCUUUACAUUCACCAUACCCAUUACUACAAAACCCCCUUUUAAUACUCAUUACAAACAGCCCGCUGUUACUUCAAGACACCCGUAUAAAUGGCACCGAGCGACGUGAAGGUUCUGGGUGCGGCGCCCAGCCCGUACGUGAACCGGGUUCAGAUCGCCCUCAACUUGAAACACGUCGACUACGAGUUUCUUGUGGAGGUAUUUGGGUCCAAGAGUGAGUUGCUACUGAAAUCGAAUCCGGUUCAUAAGAAAGUCCCGGUCAUGAUUCAUGGGGGGAAACCCAUUUGCGAGUCCCUUAUUAUUGUGCAGUACAUUGACGAGGUGUGGACCGAUGGCCCGGGUAUUCUCCCUACGGAUCCGUACGAUCGGGCCAUGGCCCGAUUCUGGGGUGCUUAUGUUGAUGAUAAGUGGUGGCCGACACUGAGGGGGAUUUGGAAAGCAGAGGGAGACGAGGCAAAAGCGGUAGCACUAGAGCAAUUUAUGGAAGGGAUGAUGCUGUUGGAGGAUGCUUUUGUCAAAUGUGGCAAAGGGAAGGACUUCUUUGGUGGUGACACAAUCGGGUACCUCGAUAUAGCCCUCGGGAGCUUCUUGGGGUGGGUUAGAGCUAUCGAGAAGAUGGCCAAUAUAAUGCUGCUCGAUGAAACCAAGACCCCUGGGCUAUUUGGAUGGGCCGAGAGGUUUGGUUCGAAUGUUGCUGUGAAAGAUGUCAUUCGGGAAACCGAGAAGCUUGUGGAGUAUGCAAAGAUGAUUGUUGCCAGAUCAAAAGCCCAGUAAUUUCCCCAAUUAGGUUGUCAUCAAGUCAAUAAUUUUGGCCGCGUAGAUUGCUCAAGUUGGUCUCUUUUUUUGUUUUGUUUUUCUUUUAAAUUUUGCUUUUUUUUUUUAUUCGGAGUUUUGUAAUUCAAUAAAUGGUCAUGUUAGUAGCAGUUUUUGGAGUUGCUUUAUAGCUUUUUCGUUUUGUUAUUCAGAGAGUAUGUGCUUGUUAUUCAGAGAGUAUGUGCCAGAGUGCUGUUUUCAUUUUUUGAUGUAACUCAUACCAAAUAGUAAUGGUUAUCUGUUAGAGGGUUGUGAUCAAAC